UUCCUUGCAGGCCCGCGCCCGGAGCGCUGAGCUGCCGCUUCCCGUCGGAGGGUGUGUGACUUUGCGCAGCCCCGCUUACCCUACGCAAGAGCCGACGGAGGAGCAACAGCCGCAGCCCGAGCCGCCUCCUCCACUUCCGAGCAGGCGCAGCGGCGGGGCGCGGGUGGGGCGAGACCUCCGCCGCCGGGCCGCGGGGCUCGGCAGGAGCCGGUGAGGCGGCAGGACGGAGCCCGCAGCCACGGUGCUAAGAAUACAUUUGAAUGAUCAUGUAUCUCAAAAAGAAGUAAGCUUUGAAUGGACUUGAGCCUUCCUCCUUGAUUUCUGCAUUAUCGGACGCUCCCAGAUCCAGAAGUGCUAGGGUACUUCAUUUCCUUAUACUGCUAAGCCACAAAGCCUGCAAUCAUGUCCCUGGAUGACAUCCACAUGAGCACAGAGGAUUUGCUUGAAAAACAACAAAUAGAUGCUGGAGGAUACGGAACAAUUUCUUUAUGCCUUCACAGGACACAUGGAUAUGUAGUAUUAAAAAAAGUGUAUACAGGACCCCAGCGCACUGAAUGUAAUGCUUCCCUUCUUGAAGAAGGCAGGAUUAUGCGCAAUCUGCAGCAUGACCGUGUGGUAAAACUACUAGGUGUAAUUUUGGAAGAUGGAAACUACUCACUUGUGUUGGAGUACGUGUGCCGGGGCAACAUGAUGAAAGUGCUACAAAAAUUCCCAAUACCUUUGUCAGUGAAAGGGCGUUUCAUCCUGGAGAUCAUAGAAGGUAUGCUUUAUCUACACGCGCAAGGCAUAGUACACAAAGACCUAAAACCAGAAAACAUCCUUGUGGAUAAGGACUUCCACAUUAAGAUUGCAGAUCUUGGUGUUGCUUCCUUUAAGAACUGGAGCCGGCUGACCAAAGAAGAGACCUGCCGACAGAAGAAAAUCAAGAGCGCUUCCCAGAACAAUGCUGGGACCCUUUUCUAUAUGGCCCCAGAGCACUUAGACAAUGUUAAUGUAAAACCUGUGGAGAAAUCAGAUAUUUACAGCUUUGGCAUUGUAAUCUGGGCGAUUUUUGCUAACAAAGAGCCAUAUGAGCAUGGUAUAAAUGAAGCCCAUAUUUACUUUGGAAUCAUUCGUGGAAACAGACCAGACAUAGAGGAAAUCACUGAGGAAUGCCCAGAUGAAAUUAUUAUCAUAAUGAAACAAUGCUGGGAGCAAGAGGCAGAGAAACGGCCUACCUUCGCAGAAGUUGCUAAAAAAUACAUGCCCUUUUACUAUAAAAAUCUAGAAGAAAAUAUUGAAGACGAUCUGAAGAAGAUAGAAGAAACGUGGCCCGAGUCAGAAGAAUUGCUGCAAGGGAUGAAAUCCCUUCAAAUAGAUGCUUCACCAGUGGAUACCAGUAAUGGCCAAACAGAUCAGCCUAGGUCUCUACGCAGCUAUGAGGAUCAGAUUAACGAAGCCUUGUUUGCUGCCUGCCCUGAGAACCAGCCUGUUGAGAGCUGUGAGACUUCGUUUAUGUCCUCUGACAAUCUAGAAAGAAAACUUGAACGUGAAUACGACUACCACGCAUUUGGCAGCCGGAUGGAUAAAUCAGUUCCACCUGCAAUAUACACCUCUGAAAUGAGAGAGAAAGAAAGGAGACGAAAAGUUUCCCAUGAUCCAUUUGCAAAGGUGUCUUCUGUUCCUCAGUGGAGUGAACUGUAUCACAAAGCUGAAAACAUAGGAUCAAACACUAAUCCUUGGUUUUGGCCACCACAAGUUGCAGCAGCCACACAGGGAAAUUUAGAUCAUUUUUAUGGGUCAAAGCUUAACAAUCUCCUACCAGGAAACACGGAAGAUCUCCAUGAACCAUGUUCACCCAAUGCCUUUAGCCUAAGCAAAUAUCCUGUGCCAGAAUCUCGCCCAAACCUGGGGUCACAGAGCAGUGUAACCCAGCAACAGAAGAAUGCAGACACGGAUACAGGUAUCAAGGUUUCUGCUUCUUUCACAAGGGGAACUUUCACAUAUUAUCCUCCUGCACCUCCAAUAACCAGAGAAGAUUCAGUCAUGUACAACAUAACUAACAGCUCCGGAAUUCAAAUUGGAUCCCACAAUCACAUGAAGAUUGAAGAGCAGAAUCAACACAUCAGCGCUUCUUCUCUUGCUACAGAAGCAUCUUACUCACAUUAUAAAUCAACGGGUAUAUUUGACAAUAAUACUGCCUUGACUGAGAAGCAGCUGAAUCUAGUGAGAGAAAAUUUAUCUAAACAGUGGAAGCACUGUGCUCGUGAACUAGGGUUCAGCAAUUCCGAAAUUGAUGAAAUUGAUCACGACUAUGAACGAGAUGGACUAAAAGAAAAAGUUUACCAAAUGGUGCAUAAGUGGGUAAUGAGGGAAGGCUCCAAAGGUGCUACAGUUGGGAAAAUUGCCAGAGCCCUCUUUGCCUGCCGAAAACUGGAUCUCCUUGAUGGCUUGAUGCGAAUGAAAGAGGAAUAAAUUGACUGAAACCGGAGAGGGGGGAAAACAGGAUAUUUGUACCCGAAGACCUUCCAAUAACAAAUUAUUCCGAACAGACUUUCUGGAGUUUUUUGCACAGACUUUUCCUCUUUGGAAUGGAUUUUUCUGCCAAGCAGUUUUCAGUGAAUACCUCCAGCAACUCAAAAAGUUUGUGUCAAGAUAAUUAGGUCUUCCUGAUGUUAAAGUUAGGUAUUUUCCUUCCGGGAGGGAAAAUUAAAAACAAAGAUUUUCGAAACAUGAUACAAAAGGCAUUAAUAACACUGAUUCAAGGAAGAUAAGUUGUACACAAUUCCUAGUCUAUCUUUAAAUGUGAUGAACUAAACUCUUCACAGGUUCUGAACAGAAAGUACGUCAUUUCAGCAAUGACAGUGGAUCAGUAAGAAUAUGAAAGACUGGCUCACUGUUUGAAAGACUUGGACAGAAAGCAAAAUCAACCCUUAAAUUUUGCCAAUACUUACAAGGCUACUGCUAUCCCAGAUUGCUCUAAGUUAAUGUGCUAUUAUUUUUAAAUCUUUUUAUAAUGUUCAUUACAUAUCUAGCACUAUGCUGAAUAGAAGUGUGAAUAAAAGCAAGAAUGAUUUUUUUGGUUGAAAAA